CAAAAUGAUCAACAUAAAAUUUCCAAACAAAGCACAAAAUCUCGUGAAGUUGGUGACAAUCAAAGCCAUUUCACUUUCCUCAAAUGUAUUUCUUUUCCAUUCCACGUGAACCAACUCCUCCUCCUCCCAAAAAUCUCUCCUUUGAAAAACUCCCCUACUCUUCACCUCAAAUCAAACAAAGCACCACAAAAAAAUGAGCUCCCAUUUGCAUUCCAGCGACGAUAUCAUCAAGGAAAUCAUGCGGCUUCACUGCUCUCUUCUGCCCCGUCCCCCAAUGGAUGAAAUCGAAGCCGCCAUGGCUAUCAUCCACGACGUGGACAAAGAAGAAAGGACAAGACUUGAAACCAUUUCAAAGCCGAGCAAGGCUUCUGAGAUUCAUGAAGAGCUUUUUUCCAUUCUUCAGGAGAUGCAGAGAAGCUUGGUGAGGUUUCAGAGCAAGGCACAGAGGAGAGAAGCUAUGAAGCUGAUGGAUCUUGAGAGUGUACACCAAGUGUUUGAUGAUUUGAUUCAAAGGGCUUCCAAGUGUAUUCCGUUGUUGAGAUCGAAUGGAGCUGGUUUUAUAGGUGGUGGUGACGGAGCUGUGGAGAGUAAGGAUGAUUGCUAUUUGAAGAAAGGAAAGCAGGAAAUUGUUGCAUUAGGUGAUGAAAAUGAGAAACUAAGUUUGAUCAAACUAGCAAGUCUCAUAGAAAUCUCUUUGAAGAGAGGCACUAGAGAUCUCAAUCUUCAGAAUAAGCUGAUGGAUGAAGUGGAUUGGCUGCCAAAUUCAAUAGGAAAACUUUCAUUUCUUACUACUCUUAACCUAUCUGAAAACAACAUACUUUCCAUUCCUGCCACAAUAGGAUCUUUUUCUUCCCUAAAAACUCUGGACUUUCGAGCAAAUCGAAUAACCGAGCUCCCCAACUCCAUUGGUGAUCUCCUCAGCCUAUGCUACCUCAACCUGAGAGGCAACCAGCUCACUUCACUUCCCCCUACUCUUGGAAAACUAGUAAAUCUAGAAGAGCUUGACCUCAGCUCAAAUAGGCUUUCCAGUCUCCCAGAUUCAAUUGGUCAUCUCAUCAACUUAAAGAAGCUAAACGUAGAAGCAAACAAUAUUGAGGAGCUCCCUCACACCAUUGGAAACUGCAAUUCACUUUCAGAGCUUCGAGUGGACUACAAUAACCUCAAAUGCCUUCCUGAAGCAAUUGGUAGGCUUUCAUCUUUAGAAAUCCUUUCAGUGAAGUAUAACAACAUCAAGGGUUUACCAACGACAGUGGCUUCCCUCUCCAAGUUAAAGGAGGUUGACGCCAGCUUCAAUGAGCUUGAAUCAGUCCCUGAGAGCUUAUGCCUUGUGACAACACUUGUGAAGCUUAAUGUAGGAAGUAACUUUGCUGAUCUCCAGUCAUUACCAAGGGCCAUUGGCAACCUUGAAAUGUUAGAGGAGUUAGAUAUUAGUAAUAACCAGAUCAAAGUGCUACCGGAUUCUUUCGGAAUGUUGACACAGCUCUGUGUUCUUCGAAUGGAAGAGAAUCCUUUAGAGGUUCCUCCCAGACAUGUUGCAAAGAUGGGAGCACAGGCUGUGGUGCAUUACAUGUCUGAAAUGGUUGCAAGGAAGGCAGUAAGGUCUCCUGCAGCAAAGUUCAAGAAGAAAUGCUCUCAGUUCAGCUACUUCUCAAACUCAAGUAAAAGGAAGCCUGGUCACCAUGAUAUUGGGAAGUUUUAGGCUUUGUUUGGGACGGCUUUUCUAUUGCUUUUUAAAACCGUUUUUUAGUUUAAAAA